AUGAAUAAAAGCACCUACAGGGGUUUCAUAUACCGGCUAAUAACAGAGCGCACGAAUGUUGCUGAUCGAACAAAAAUGUCACUGAUUACUUGUCACAUCAGCAAGGACAGGGACCCAUCAGAGCUUACUACCUGCUUCACCUUCCGGAGCGACCUGACCCUGGGCGAGCGCGUGUCGGUGCAGUGCACGGUCAACGGCGGGGACACGCCCCUGCAGGUGACGUGGACGAAGGACGGCAUGGCGGCGGAGAGCGUGGGCGGCGUGCAAGUGCGCAACCUCGACCUGUACUCGGCCAUUCUCACGAUCAGCCACCUGGCGCCGCUGCACGCCGGCAACUACACGUGCACGGCCACCAACGACGCCGCCAGCGUUUGGGUUUAUUUCUCUCACGCUUUCUCCCGUUCUCUCCCUGGCUGGUGCGAUGCGUGCCUCUUGGCGCCUCCCUUGGGCUGCCGGCGCCGUGUAGAACCCCCAGUCAUCAGCCCUUUCAGCUUUGGCCCCACCAACGAGGGCGAGCGGGUGAGGGUGGUGUGCGCGGUCAAGCGAGGCGACCCGCCGGUCACGCUGGUCUGGCUCAAGGAUGGCGCGCCCAUCGCCCAGGACACGGCCGCCGGCCUCACCAUCCUUGCCCUCGACCAGUACUCCAGUUCCCUCCUUUUGCCUCACGUCCACGCACACCACAGUGGCAACUACACGUGCCAGGCCACCAACGCCGUCCGCUCGGUCUCCCACUCGGACAUCCUCGACAUCCAAGUGCCUCCGUCGUGGAUUGAAGCUCCCCGGGACACCUCAGUCACCCUGGGGGGCUCUGUCGUCGUCCCCUGCCACGCCCACGGCUCUCCCACGCCCAAGGUGACCUGGAGGCGCACUCGAGAGGACCAGCCAGGCCAAUACAGCCCGAUCCUAGGCAGCGGGCAUGGGCAGGGCGUGGGCGUAGCGAUGAACGGGAGCCUGGUGGUCGUGGGCGCGCGGUCGGAGGACGAGGGGCAGUACCUGUGCGAGGCGGUGAAUGGGGUCGGCGGUGGGCUGUCGGCUCUCAUCUCCCUCACAGUCAAUGCGCCCCCUCGGUUUGAUCCCGGGUUGCAGCGGCAGGUGUCAGUGCGAAGGGGGUCCCGUGCAACCCUUCUGUGUCACGCCCACGGAGACCCGCCCAUCACUCUUCUUUGGCAGGCCACCCACACUCGCGUGCACGAUCACAGGGGCUUGAAAGCCUUUUACCCUUUUUUAAAAGUUAACCCCUUCCCUCCCGUGACCUCGCCCAGCGUGGUUCGCGAGGUCGACGGCGGGGCGCGGGGCGAGCUUUGGGCAUUCCCGCAGCCAAAAUGGAGGACGCCCGGGGGGGGCUAA